UGCUGACCCGAGGUCCCGGCGGGACGCGUUGGUGUGACGGCGGGAGGGCGUUGGACAGAGGAACGGAGGCAAGGGGAGAGGAGGAGAGUGCAGGCAGCCAGGUGGAUCGUGUAGUAUCAACUGAGAAGUCAGUCACCGUUUACCUCCUUCUUCCAUUGUCCACCUGCCACCGUCUAACCGUCCACCGUCCACCGUUCACACCGUUUACGGUCCACCGUCCACCGUCCACCGUCCACCUUCCACCUUCCACCGUCCACCGUCUAACCGUCCACCCCUCCCCCAUCCCCUCCACCUCUCCAGCGAUGAGUAACUCCAGUGGUCGUCUGGGUGGCUGGGCAGUGCGGCACGCCGCCAGCCUACUGUUGGUGGCCUCCAUUGUUCUUCUCACCAUUGUACUGGUCCAUCGAGGCUCCGACAUUCUACAACAAAUUCCGUACGUUCCCGAUCUACAGCAACCUCAACUUCUACCGCAUGAACAGAUCAUGAUCGAGGACAUCCGAGCCAACUAUCUGAAGCCGCCCUCCUACGAGCCUUACAACCUGCAGGAGAAUCUGAAGAAGGACCCCUCGAGAGGACAGACCAAAGUGAUCCUGGAGGCACUCAAGAACAUGCGGAACGGCUUUUUCGUCGAAUGCGGGGCGUUGGACGGUGAGACUCGCUCCAACACCCUGUUCAUGGAGAGGUUCCUCGGCUGGACGGGUCUGCUGGUCGAGGCCGAUCCCAGCAACUUCCGCAAGGUCCUCAGCAAGAAGCGCAACGCCUGGAGCGUCAACGUGUGCCUCAACAGCAGGAACGUCAAGAGUCAGGUCAGGUUCAAACCGGCGUUUAACGUCGGCAAGAUAGCGCGUCAGAACGCCUCCGGUACCGUCGAGGUGGACUGCUUCCCUUUGCACGCGCUGCUGUUGGCGCUGGACGUGAGGCGGGUCGACUACUUCAGCCUGGAUGUCGAGGGAGCCGAGCUGGACGUGUUGAGGACGGUGCCUUUCGACCGUAUCGACAUACGGACACUCUCGGUCGAGUUUGCGCACACAUCUGGCGGUGGAAAGCCGGCCCUUCGUGCUUUCAUGGAGUCCAAGGGCUACACCGUGAUUCGUGAGGUAAAGCAAAAAGACUGGACGGCCAACGACUUCAUCUUCGUCAAGAACGACACGUUUUCGGAGGAGGAGAGACAGCGACUGUCCGCGCCGUACCGUCGACACUGAGCUGAUGUGAUUAGAUUCUCUGUGACGAAGGAAUCUAUGAUAGGGAAGAAGGGGAAGGAGCUGUCGUCUGUGGUAGUCUGAGUUAAAAACGCGCCGGAGAUUUCUGGUGACGAUAUUUCCCUGAGAAGACAGAAGGAAGGUGCGGGAAGACAGAAUAUCAUGAAGAUGAAUUAAUUCCUGAUGUCCAUCAUAGGGAAUCGGCAUAAAAAGACGCGAAAGAAUAGUUCUGACAGAGGCGGGACUGAAGGGGUCGUGGGAUGACCCAGCGUGAUAUAAGGUGUAGCAAGCAUCUGCGGAACGAGGCGGUGCUGGUGCAUGGCGAAGCACCAGAACAUGUCGGCGGCACUUAAUGUGUCAUAAAACUGGACCAGUGUCGGCGCAUGGUGGAUGCCCUAUCGGCACACAGGAUGAACAAACUUUCCAAUCAAGUGGUGAGCUUGUUUAACCUUCGCCACGGUAGAUAGGCUCGUCAGUGUUGUGGUUCGACAAAAUAACUUGUGACAAAGUUGGCCACUAUGGUCGCUGGAUAUCGGACAUAGCCUAUGCUCGAAUUCCCUGAUAAGCCUGUGAUUAAAAUGCUAUUCCCGUUAGCUCAACAUUUUAAUUGCAGUCAACAGAUAUCCGGGCUGGCUCAUAGCUCAGCAUCUAUCUCGGCUGGCUCUCUGUCAUUCUAACACAAUGAGCUGACAAACUAUAAGCCGACGACAGGCAAGUCUUGAGCUAAUAUGCCGGGCUUAGCUCGUUGCUAGCUCAACUGUCCGUGACUUGAGGCAUUGUCCACAGCAUCUUAUUAAAGCUCAUCCACCAUGAUUGUGCCGUUUGUUGGAGCUUGUUAUUGUUGUUGUGCUUUUCGUGAUGUUAGAAGCGUUCUGGAAGCUCCGCUUUUAGCUCGCUGAAUGCCGCUGUUGCUGUUCUAAUUCGCUGACGUUGAUUUGUGCCUGGAUAUAUGGCGUUAGAUUGUUUUAUCACGGGACUGUGACUGCCUAGUUCGCAUAGUUAAGACUUGUUCUGCUUGUUUCUUCGGCAUAUGACGUCUUCUGAGCAUGGUUGGCCGGGAAGUGACGUCACGUGGGUCCCGUUGUUCGGGUUAUGCCCUCAAGUUAUCUUUCGAGUCAAUGCGGUUAUUUCGUGAAUGUGAUCGUAUUAUCCCAUGAAUGUGUCGAUUCAUUCCAAAACUAAUAUCGCAAGCAUAUUCUAUUUAUAUAGAUUAUCGAUCCCCUUUCGCCUGUGAUACAUCUGUAGCGAAACUAAUGACGUUACGUCAGCUGGGUGUAACUUAUUUGGCUAAACACAACCUAGCUGGUGAAUUAGUUCACCUCGGAGCCACCAGGGGCACGGCCACAAGAUGUCGCGACUCCUGCUGGAUCUGAGUUUAGUAGCGGACCCCACCGCUAGGGGACUCACCGCGGUAACGCCUCGCGAGCCUGCAAUCGACCCAGGGGUUCAGGGGUGGAGGAGGUCAGGUCAGCGGCCCAUUCCAGUUGAAAAUAGUUACUGCUGAGGCUGGUUCUGUUAUGUUUGUGUGAGCUUUUCUAUAGUGAUCUGCGAAAUGGCUCGCUCGCGUUCGUGUGUUUGUGUGUGCAUAGAAGUGAAAUGAAGAUUAUGUUUGACUUCUGUGGGUGAUUUGGUGCACAUAAAAAUAAAAGAAAGUGAUACGGUUACGUA